CUUUUCACUUUUCCAUUCUCUCCUAGUUCACAGAGAGCAAUAAGAUGGCACCACCAACCUCCCGCCCCGAGAUUCUGUCGCGCCUCCGUGCCCAGAUCCAAGCGGGCAAGCCUAUCGUCGGCGCUGGAGCCGGAAUUGGCCUCUCCGCUAAAUCUGUCGAGGCGGGCGGCGGCGAUCUGAUCAUCAUCUACAACAGCGGGCGGUUCCGGAUGGCUGGUCACGGGAGUCUCGCGGGGCUAAUGCCAUACAGCAACGCUAACGAAGUGGUGGUCGAAAUGGCGUCCGAAGUGCUGCCCGUUGUGAAACACACGCCCGUCAUCGCGGGCGUGUGCGGGACAGACCCACUUAGGGACAUCCCUCGUUUUCUCUCCCAGCUGAAGGGGAUGGGGUUUGCCGGGGUGCAGAAUUUCCCAACAGUAGGCCUGAUCGAUGGGCAGUUUCGGGCCAACCUGGAGGAGACGGGGAUGGGGUAUGACAAGGAGGUGGAGAUGGUGAGGGCCGCAAGCGAACUGGGCCUCUUGACGACCCCGUAUGUGUUUAAUGUGGGCGAGGCGGAAGCAAUGGCAAAGGCCGGGGCGGAUAUCCUGGUUGCCCAUAUGGGACUUACAACGUCGGGCACGAUUGGCGCUAAGACGGGCAAAACGCUGGAGCAGUGUGUGGAUGAGAUCCAGGCGAUUCGAGACGUGGCGGUGAAAAUAAACCCAGAUGUGAUCCUGCUGUGCCAUGGGGGACCGAUUGCGAGGCCGGAGGAUGCGAGGUUUAUUCUUGGACGAGUGGCUGGCUUGCAUGGGUUUUAUGGCGCCAGUUCGAUGGAAAGGUUGCCUGUUGAGGUGGCCAUUAAGGAUACAACGGCGGAGUUCAAGAAGAUUGCGUUGAGGCACUAAAACAAAAGCCAUCUACUGGGACAUCAGAGGUUCAUUAGCUAGGCAUGUGCAAGAAUGCAAUGGCUAUAAUUAUCUUAUAGCCCCUCUGGCUCGCAAUGGAGCAUCCUGGAGGCGCCUCAUAUCUACUCAUUGAAAGCCAUCAGGAUCCCUGGGGUCUCAAAUAGCUCAGAAUAAAUUGUCAAGUUCGACGUUCCCACCUGGAAGGCUCUCCCUGAAUCUGCCUGCAUCUCAACUUGGACAGUGGAUGUACCUUAGGCGACCUAAAACCAUAAGUGCGGAAUAACGGCAGUCCUGACGCGCAGAUUUAUAUGCAUUAAAUG